CGGGCCCGGACUGUGCGAUUUUGUUUCAGUGUCUUGAGAUGACAGUGAUUCCGACAGUGUCAGGUCGCUAUGCCACAUAGCAUGGUUUGUGCCCUACCGAGAUUUUGUACAACAUUGGCAUCAGCGCUGUUUGCGCGGCGGUUCCACGGGCUUUCCGACUGAUCUCGAGUAUCGAUUAUUACAACCCUUCCGCGGAACUCGAUCAUCGUGACGGUUUUCUUCCCCGCAACGAAAGAUUCGAUUCGGACCUCGAGUUUGCUUCCUCGCUGGAUUGCCUAUUUCCUCCGAUUUUGGUCCUCUCCCAGUCACUCGCUUCAGAAUAUCUCCAACUCCUGGUGAUAUCCCUGGAUCCAUGGUCUGGACUUGAUUGACCUACACUUGAUUCAAUAUGAAGGAUCGCGCUCUCGAAGCUCUGGAUAACCAUGACGAUCCAGCGCCCGUCCUACGGCUGUCGACGGAGCUUUUGGACCACAUCUUGGACUUUCUUGCAUCAGACCGCCCCCGGCUUAUCGAGCUCGAUAAGCGAGCAUACCUGUCGCAGGAGUCGUUCAGUCACCCGCCGCCACGGGAGCCCGAUGCGCUUACUACAUUAGCUGCAUUUCGGCUCACUUGUAGGCGCUUCUCCGAACUAGGUGCGGUCCGUCAGUAUGCCCGUGUGACGACCAGGUUCACCGUAGCGGGUUUCAAUCGCCUGGAAGCCAUUGCGCGGAGCCCUAAUGUCGCCAAACAUGUCAUCAAGUUCAGUUAUAUGGUCCCAUACUUCUAUGUAUUCGAUUCUUCCAACCCAAGCUCUGAAUUAUCGCGCUCAUCCCUCGCAACCCAAGUGGAUGGCGCAGGGAACGUCUUUGAUCUAGGUGACAUCGCAACCGAACCGUUUUUGACGAGACUAAAGGAGCAACGGAACAUCAUUGACUCCAGACGAGACGAGUAUGUGCUUCGUACGGCAAUGGAUAACUUUAGGAGCCUGCAGCAGAUCCAAAUAUUGCGCGUUCAGGAUCAGGUCGAUCGGAACCUCAUGGCUCGACUCCGGAGUGCUCAAAACGGGCCACCUUUAGGAAUCAACGGACCGCCCAAUGGGCUCAACGGCAUCCAUGGACAGACUGCGCAUCCCCAAUUGAACAUCGGUCUACGUUGGGCAGAAGCCUGCUCGCACUCAACGCAGACCAUUGGCGCGGCUCUGAUCGCAACAAAGAACCCGUGUUCAACACUGAGCAGUCCGAUGCUGAGUCCGCAAAGUGCCAUCUCUCUGUCUCAAUAUGUUGGCGAAGACCCGACCAACAUGAGCGUCCCCGAAGAUCUUGGGCAGUUACUGAGUCGACUGACCAGUCUUGAAUUGCACUUCGACGCAACCGACGUCACUUCGACUCCCGAUGUGCCGAACGGACAACCCGUGCAUUUCCCAUUGGAUUUGGAUGCCAAGAUCGAGCACCUUUCGAAACUAUUCAAGAACUUCUUCCACGCAGCGACGGCGAUGCGCGCCAUACAUCUGGGGUUUCCCUCGACAAGGCCGCUCACGAUAGCCCUAGAGUCAGUAUUUCAUAAUGUAACGUGGCCCGACCUCAUCGCGUUUGGGAUCCAGAGUUGGAAAUUGCACUCGCAUGAGAUUCGCGACUUCGCGGCUCGACAUCCACGUCUGAAGGGUCUUCGACUCCGCGAUGUGCUGCUCAUGAGGCCUCGCCAACAGCUGGAUGAAGUGGUGCAGGGAUCAGCGGGCAUCACACCAUCCUACACGCCAUCUUACACCCCGACAUACGAGGAUCAAUUCAGGCAGCGCGACAAACAGCCAUUCGAUACGAAGUCUGACGAUACGAAGUGGGAGUUCAUUCUACAGUACCUUCGCUGUAAUAUGGAGCAUCUCAAAUGGUGUUCGCUCCGGCGCAUCGACUAUGCGCAUAAUUGGGAUGCGACCCAUCGCGGCUUUGACAUCAGCGACCCGGAGGACGAUCUGGGUACAUGGGGCAAUGGAAUAUUUGCGCCCAAUGGGUGGAUGUUGGUCAGCUCGGAUGACAGCACCGACGACGAGCUCACGGAUGACGAUUAUGAUAACGAUUCGUAUGAAACUGACGAUCAGAGCAACGGCAUUGACGACGAGAAUUCCAGCGUACAUUACGACACGGAGAGCGACCCUCUGGACGAAGAGGAGCACGGGCUCUCGUUCCCAACCCUCACGACCACACCCGAUAUCCCCCACCACCACGCUCCAGGGCCAUCGAACGCAGCAUUCCUGACUAAUCAUACACCGCUUCCUGCGAACGACCACUCGUCCGACCCACAGUUACUCUCGGAACCGAAUUUCCUCAGCAACCAUCACAACGAUUAUUGUACCUGCGGGACGAAGUCGCGCUCCCGAGUCGACUGGCAGGACAACGGCUUGUCCGUCGACAACGCGCAGCGGAAGGUGUGGGAAAAGUUGGCCGUAGGUGGGUGUUCGUACCACGCGCAUGCUGGGCUAGGGGGGAGGGUUCCGGGGAUUUAGGUUUUCGGCGUCGUCCGCGGAUUAGAGCACUUGUUUCUAGGAGUCUACGAUUUAUGUGGUUGGAAAGGUCGGUCAUUUUCCUGUGCGUUUAGAAUAUGGGUGGUCCUACGUCUGCUUUUUAUCCGAAAUAUAGUCUCAGUUUGUCUAGUGCCUGGGCGCCGACGAGGUGACCGAAGACACGUAGGCGUUCGUGAUGGCCCAUUCGUGCUAGUGUGUCGAGAGCAAUGUCGUCCGACGCGCAUGUCGUAUCGCGUUCUUGUAGGAUGUUCAGGAUGGAGAGAGCGGCAAGGGCGUUGAUUCCGGCACGACGAAGGAC